CUCGCCGGCUUCCGUAGAGAUGGAAAGCGUCUCCUUAGCAACCAGGACCAGCAGCGCUGUGGCUCGCUACGUUAGCUAACGUUAAUAGCUCAAGCCUCUCGUCAGCUGGAUCCAUUAAAGCGGCGGCAACCAACCGCAUGACUUUUAAACGAGACUGCGAUGUCUGCGGUGAAUCCGUCGGUGUUUCUUCUCACGGUAAACGGACAGAUUGAAGGAGCGAACUUUCCUGACUACGACGAGCUGUACUGCAAGUACUGCUUCGUUUACGGCCAUGACUGGGCUCCAACUUCGGGUUUAGAGGAAGGCAUCACCCAAAUCACAUGCAAAGGCAGCCAGACCUCUCACACACUGAUCUGGAACUUUCCACUAGAGAUCACCUUCAAGAGCACCAACCCCUCUGGGUGUACGUAUCUAUCUCACCCGUGUCCAGCCACCAUCACCCCAGUGUGUGUGUGUUUUGGGUGUCACGCAGGGCCGCAGCUGGUGCUGAGCGUCUACGGUCCGGAUGUGUUUGGCAACGACGUGGUGAGAGGAUAUGGCGCGACGCACGUCCCCUUCUCUCCAGGACAACACACACGGACCCUCCCCAUGUUUGUUCCCGAGCCCACCUGGAGACUUCAGAAGUUCACCAGCUGGUUGCUGGGUCGCCGGCCAGAGUACACAGACCCAAAGGUCGUCGCGCAGGGUGAAGGCAGAGAAGUGACCCGCGUUCGCUCGCAAGGGUUCGUCACUGCCUCCUUCCACAUCAUGACCAAAGACAUGAAGAAGCUAGGCUACGACACGGGGCCGACCAACACACACUCACAUGCUUCUCUGUCGUCAGAAGAGCCCGCUUCCUGAUUCAGUCAUCUUGCAGUCUUGGUUCUGAUUGGCUGUUUUUUGUUUUUUUGUUUUUUUUUAAUAAACAUGCACUUGCAUUUGUCUGUCCCAAAAGGAUACACGAAAACUACAUUUAAAA